CAUGCCAGGUGCAUAUACACCAUUACUUUAGGCAAGAACCCGACAUGUCAUUGCCCUAUGGAAUAAGGUUAAGUCAUAAAUAAAGGCCUCAAACAGCUAACGUGCUAUUCCUAGCGCACGGUUCAGCUUCCGGUGAAUAUUUCAGACCCACAUACCGGCUACAGCUGGCACGGCUCGUACAGGUGAGGGUAGAUAAGUAUAUGUAGGUAGGUAUCUUGCACUUUGCUUUCGAUUCAAAUCCCCGCCAUAUAUCUCUAGGUGCACCGUGACCAUCUUCUUCUUUCAUCUUUUUUUUUAUUCACCACGACUUUCAUCUAACCAACUCAUACCACACACUUGGUAAAUAAAAACUUCGGUCGGUUGACUGUAUCUAUCUUCUCUAUACCAUUUUCGUUUAUCACUCUAGACCAUUCAUCCAGUCUCGUCUGGCACGUUUCCGUUUGUUUUUUCGGCGAUCUCACCCGUCAUUAAUUAUUUCAUCUUCUACGCUCUCGUUUGGUCCUAGGCGUUUGAGAUACGAACGAUUUGUAUUCAAGUGUCAUACACUGCCUAGUCGCAAGGCACCUUCGACGGUUCUUCACGGCACUAUCACCAUACCGGAACUGCUAUUAGACCUUCUUCUCAACCAUUUACACGAUGCCUUCGCAACCUCAAGGUAAUCUCUACUCCGCUCUUGAGCUGGAGCGCACUGCCACAACGGAACAGAUAACGGCAUCCUACCGUCGGCUGGCUAGGAUCCACCAUCCGGACAAAAAUCCUGGCAAUGAAGAAGCUGCAACCAAAGCUUUCCAGAGGAUUCAACUUGCCUACUCAGUCCUCUCCAACUCUGAGAGUCGUUCAGACUACGACAAUCGCUAUCCGUCGAUUUGGCCCAGCACUUCCGAGGACAAUGGCCCUCAUGACUUCUGCGAUUUCUUAAAUGAAAUCUUCGGAUUCACUAGAACCAAUCGCCAGCCUGACUUCGACCAGUUGCAGCGUCAGUUCCGCGAAGAACAGGAGGAAAUCUUGCGUGAGUGGCGCGAUAGCCAGAAAGCAGCUUAUGAACGAGAUCUCGCGGAACGCCGUGAGCAACGCCGCCAACGAGCUGAGGCGGAAGAGGCAUUGAAGAAGGCUCAGGAGGCCGCCAAACAAGCCAAGCUGGACAGCGAGCAGAAGGCUCGGGACGAGAUGCGCGCCGCGGAGCAGUCGAAGCAAGAGGAGCGCUGGAAGAAGUUGGGUGCCACGACUAAAGACGAGCGAGUCCAGACUUGUGUCCACUCCGAACACUGCGCCAAGAUUCCCCAUCGCCAGAAAUUUAAGUGUGAUUCUUGCAAGGUGAAGAGAGGCAUCACCGCUUUCGAGUGCCCCUAUUGUGGCUUGCUCCUCUGCCAGCAGUGCGUGGUCACCUUUACCAAGCGACGUGCCAUGCCCGAGCAGGCACUUCCGAUCCGAACGUUCGAUCCUCAGCCGGCAAAGGAGCCCGAGUUGCCAGACGCGAAGGUGGAGGAGGGCAAUGGCCAUGACAAGAAGCAGCAUAACGCCAAGCAGCAAGGUGGCCGAGGUCACCCCCGCAAUCCCAACGGACCGCCUCGAUGCUACAAGUGUCACAAGUUGGGCCACUUGGCUAAGGUCUGUCGCAACCGCGCCGGAGGCCCGUCCGGUUACACCCUGGGAGACAAGAAGCAUUGGAAGGGUAACCAAGGAAAGCCUCACGGAGGUGACAAAGGGAACGGUCAAGGAAAAGUCCAGUAAAGUGGCAGUUUACUUUGGGCCGGGCAAACGGCGUCUGGAGGUUAAGGGUAUGAAGGCAUAGGGGUUCGGGGUAGGAAUAUGGCGUUCGGCAUCAUGAGAUUGACUUUUCUUCGGAAUUUGGGACGGGGUUAAUAUACCCAACGAAUGGCUAAGACACGGAAAUGUUCUGUACUAGUCUGUUUGGGUUCUUGAUGGUCGCAUAGGGUUAAAUCUGCUAGGCCUAACUGCUGGAUAGCAGGGUCUUUCCUCAAGGUUUCCUAGCUAAGUGAAUAAUGAGGAAAUUCACAUGAUGAAGUCCUAAGGAACUAUCCAUGAAGAAACGUAGUGCGUUGUAGUAAUUAUCUGUAAGGAUAUUGUUUGCCUCGUGCCAUUGGAUCAUACCAUGUGUCCCU